GUCUUCAGUCUCAGAGCAGAGCCAAAACAGGAAAGAGGUUGCAAACCGCUGUGCAAAGGGGAGGAUCAAACCUUCCCCUCCCCCACCUCCUCCAGUCCUCUCUCAGCCUCCUCCAUCACCUUCCCAGCACUCGUGUCUACAGGUUUAGAUUUUGAUUGUUCUGUUUUGUUUUGUUUUCAUUUUCUUCGUUAAAGAACAUAAAAGAACGGGGGGUGUGUGUGUGGGGAAAUCUAAACAAACCAAACCUGUUUUGGAAAAGACGUUUACUCCGCCGCUGUGAGAGCAGAGAGCCGGGGGAAAGAAGAGCAAGACGCCUGACACCCGAGGAGGAAGCUUCGGCACCCCGGACAGCACCUCCAGUACCGCCGACAGAGGAUCCAUCACUGCCGGGAGCGUCUCGGGCGUCACCACCGCGAACGCCCCCAACAUGGCUCCGAUCGCGGACAGCCGGCAGCAAUUCGGUAAAGCAGCAAGAGAGGAGAGGUUUGAUGAAAUUCCUGCAGUGGUUGGGAUCUUUAGUGCAUUUGGCCUUGUUUUCUCUGUCUCCCUUUUUGCUUGGAUUUGCUGCCAACGUAAAUCUUCCAAAUCCAGUAAGACCCCUCCAUAUAAGUUUGUCCAUGUUCUGAAAGGGGUUGAUAUAUAUCCUGAGAAUCUCAACAGUAAAAAGAAAUUUGGAGCAGAUGAUAAAAAUGAAGAAAAGAACAAAUCAACGAUGCCGAAGAAUUCUCUCCAUAUUUACCUGGAGAAGAGAGAUUUAAAUGGCAACUUCCCCAAAAUGACCCCUAAAAUUCAGAGCUCUUCAGAGCUUGAAAAUUUGUCUCCUAAGCAUUUUGCAGAAAGGAAAAAAGAUUCAAUAUCUCCUGAUAGUUUAAAGUCCACCAUGUCCCUGUCAUCUGAAGAUAAACAAGACAAGCUAGGAACUCUCUUUAUCUCCUUAGAGUACAAUUUUGAGAAAAAGGCAUUUGUAGUGAACAUCAAAGAAGCACGUGGCCUGCCAGCAAUGGAUGACCAAUCAAUGACUUCUGAUCCAUACAUCAAAAUGACAAUCCUACCUGAGAAAAAACACAAGGUGAAAACCAGAGUGUUGAGAAAAACCUUAGAUCCAGCUUUCGAUGAGACCUUCACAUUUUAUGGGAUCCCAUAUAGCCAAAUUCAAGACUUGACACUUCACUUUAUUAUCUUGAGCUUUGACAGGUUUUCCAGAGAUGAUGUUAUUGGAGAAGUCCUCAUCCCCCUUGCAGAAAUUGAACUGUCAGAAGGAAGGCUGAUAAUGGACAGAGAGAUCAUCAAAAGAAAUGUUAGGAAAUCAUCUGGACGUGGAGAAUUACUGAUCUCUCUCUGUUAUCAGUCUACAACAAGCACACUCACUGUGGUUGUUUUAAAAGCGAGACAUCUACCUAAAUCUGAUGUAUCCGGAUUGUCAGACCCUUAUGUCAAAGUGAAUCUGUAUCAUGCUAAGAAGAGGAUUUCUAAAAAGAAAACCCAUGUGAAGAAAUGCACUCCCAAUGCAGUAUUCAAUGAAUUGUUUGUGUUCGAUAUUCCUUGUGAGAGCCUUGAUGAUAUCAGCAUUGAAUUUUUGGUCUUAGAUUCAGAUAGAGGAUCAAGGAAUGAGGUCAUUGGCCAGUUAACCUUGGGAUCUUCAGCAGAAGGCACAGGUGGAGAGCACUGGAAAGAAAUUUGUGAAUACCCAAGGAGACAAAUUGCCAAAUGGCAUAUGUUGUGUGAUGGUUAGCAUGGGGGUUGGAACUUGAAAAACUAUAUACAUUUCCAUAAGCAAGGAGCAGCUUUCUUUCUUUGAUGUGCAUAGUCAAAGGCUUUUUCUUGGGGGAGAGAGCAGGAGGAAUAAAAAUUGGAUUGAAUUAUCAGAACAGAAGGUAAUUACAUUUUCACAGUAAACAAAAUAAUUUCUGUUUCAUUAGACUUUAAAAUAAUUGGAUCAGAUUCAUAUUCUUCUGGAGUUUAAAGUCUGAAACUCCUGAAGUGCUAUGAAUUUCAGUAAGAACAGAAUAUGCUUUAUAAAAAAGUCACUGGGAAUCUUAUUACUACUAUUACACAGAAAAAGUUAACCUCCUGUGGCUUCCAGAAGAAGGCUGUGAGUCUGUAAAAGUCAUUGGGAAGGACCAUGAAUAAGAGAGGAAUUCCUUCUGCUCCUCCAUCUAAAACCUUCUUUUAUCAAAAUUCAAUCUUAAUCAGUAUGUUUUGAUUAGUCAUACUUUGAUCAUCCCAAAGACUAAAGAAAUUUUCAGCAAUUUGCUUUACAUGUCAUGUCAUAUGCAACUAAUUGUUUUUUUUUCUGUGUGUGUGAAAAUACUGUAUAAUUAUUUACACUUGGAUUCUUGUUGGGGAUGUCCCUGCUUACUGCAGGGGAGGUUGGAAUAGAUGACCUCCAGAGGUCCUUUCCAACCUACUGCAUUUUACUAUUCUAUGUUUUGUUACAGUGACCAAAAUAGAUAUUUUUUACAAAUUCUUGAUCAAGUUAACACAUUAUUUUGUUAAAAGGGCUCCUUUACGGGUGACUGUAUAUGUUAUAUAACUAGAAUUCGGGAUUAGAUACAGCUUGCAAUUUUUUCCUCUAGCAAGGAUUACACAUUAACUACUUCAAGCCAUGGGAAAAUGUUUCUGUUUAAAUAAAGUAGCCUGUAGGAUAUUACAGUCAUUGACCUUUCACCAAUUAUAUUUUAAGCUUUUCAAGAAUACUUAAAAGUUGUUUCUUCUUUUGUUUAAUUAAAGAAUAAAUGAAAUAGUGAGACAGAGAACAAAAUCUUAUUCUGUUAUUUAACCUCACGAAUGCCAUUACAGUCAGUAAAAUUACUCCUAACAUACAAACUUCAAUUUAUUUUUAAACUUUUGCAGGACAGGAAACUGUGGUCACACUAUAAUUUAAGCAAUAUGGUAUUAGAGAAACUAUUUCAAAAGCUCAUUUCACUAAAAUAUAAACUAAUGUACAUUACUGACUGUACUGAAAUUUUGAAUAUUAAGAGAAAAUAUCCUGAUUUCAUGUUAGUGUGACAUAUGCAUGUUUAAAUUUAAAUUGUUCUGGGCUGAAGAAGUAUCUAGUUUAACAUAACCUUGAAAAUAAAGCAUUUAUACCUGUGAAAUCUACUCUUUGUCAAGCAAGACAGAUUUUUAGAUUGUUACAACUAUAGCACAACUGUAAGCAAAUUAAGGAAUAUGAUGGUGUUAAUUGUUGACAUAAGAAGGACUUAAAAAAUAGAAAGCUGUUUUCAGUAUUUUUGCAUAUAUCACGUUGUCACAUGUAAUCCCACUGAAGUCAGUGAGGCUGGAAAUUGAGGUAUUGAUCAACAUGAGAAAAGGUAACAGAAUGGGCAUGCAAGGUUAAAACACACAUUGGAUGUCAAAUUGCUUCAUUAAAUAACAGAUUCAUGUCCUGUUCAAAACUUGGAGAUUUCUUGUCAACUCUACCUGUUCUCAUAUGGCCAAGUCAUGUCUGCAGUAAGGGACAAUGAAACAUGAAAUAUGCAAGUAGACAAAUAGUAUUGGAAGAAUUUCACUGAGGUUCUUCCAGGUUUUGUGUCAGUAUUUUCUCCAGUUUUUGAGAAUGUGUUUGAUGUAUGUUCAUAAAUUUCUGUAAAAAAGCAUUUUCAAAAUAACAUAAACAUGCUUUUUAUGGUAAUGCUUAAUGUAAAAAAAGUACCUACAUAUUAUAUGCAUAAAAGAAAGGAAACUUUUUUUGCUUAUUUCUUUAGAAAACUGAUUAACUGCUUAAGGGCUAGAGUUUACCAGCCACAUUCAAGCAGAGAUAAUCCAAAGCCACUAAUCAAAAGUAAAAUACCCACAGGCUUCAGUGUGGUUUGAAAUGCAAUCACAGAGCAAAACUCUUCUUGUGAGUCAACCCAGCAAUGUUAAUGGGACCAUGGAUAGGGGAUAUAUAUAUGAUCCAAUGGAGACCAGAAGAGUUUAAUUCAGUACCACAUAACCAAAGCUGUUGCAAUUUCAAGCAAGGGAAAAGCAAGCAAACAAACAAAUAAACAAAUUAUGCUGAAAGUGAUUGCAUGACAAAAAGCGGGAUAGGUUGUAAUUAAAACAAAUGGAAAUUUUGUACAUUAGCCCAUAAGUAGUACAUUAUCUCUAAAAAUCAGAUGACGGGACUCAUGAAUCUCAAAUGGACAUGUAUUCUGACAUCAGGAGAAAAAAGUCCACCUUUUUGAAGUAAUGAUAGAUACAUUUAAUUUUACUUCAAAUAAGUUGACACCAAUUUUCUUUUCAAAUUUCAAUAGCAGCUUGGGGGUUAAUAUUUCUACCAGAUAAAUGGUAGCUCUUGGUGGGGGUAGAGUGUAGGGAGAGGGAAGUAAAGACACAUUUAUUAAAUACAUAAUAAUAAUAAUGAUAAUAAUAAAUAAUAAACAACAACCAAACAAACCAAAAAACCUUUAAAUAUAAUUUUGGGUUUCAUUUUUAAGUAAUGUUUAGCUUGGAAAAUUGAGUAAAGAUGAUUUGUGAUACAUCUGUAGACCAGACAAGGCAGGAGCAAGUGUAGACCUGUACUGAGUUGAGAAAUUCUACUGCUUUAUAAAGUAUUCAAUUCUCAUUGUGAAUAUCUUGAAUUCUGUUAAGGAUACUGUACUGUAUUGAACAUGUAAAAACUGGUGUUUGUCUAAGUAGCUUACAAAAAUAAUAUCUCCUUAAGUGGGAGACUAUUCAUGUCUGGAGAUCUGUUGUAACUAAAUUUGCUAUGGUGUUGUAACUUAAUAGAAACUGCUUGAGAGGAAGCAUGGUGUAUGAAAUUUUUGUAAGUUAUUUGUGCUGGUUCUGUAUGUUGUGCCAUGUGUGUAACACGAGAAUAAACUAAUGCUUUUUUUUCAUUCCAUCCUCGAACAA